GGCGCCGCGGCCUGCGGCGGGGUGCGGGAUGAGGCGGCUGUGCCCGCGCCCGCUGCUCUGGGCCGCGCGGGGCCCGCGCCGCCUCUCGUCGGGCGCUUCCCCGGGCAUGGAGGAGCUGCUGCGCCGCUCGGUGCCGCCGCUGCCGCCCUACGAGACCAAGGAGAAGGCGCCGCCGCCCGCCGAGCUGCGCGGCGCGGAGUUCGUGCGGUUCUACCGCGCGCUGCAGCCCGGGCCGCCCCGCGCCGAGCUCCUCACCCGCCUGGCCCGCGACUUCGGCGUGGAGCACGGGCGGGUGGCCGAGGCCGCCGCCAAGGUGCUGCAGGCCCGCGAGCAGCGCAGGGAGCCCGGGGCGCUGCUGCAGGCCGAGGACCGGCUCCGCUACUACCUGAACCCGCAGUACCGCGGCCUCUUCCAGCACCUGGGCCGCCUCGAGGGCGGGCUGCGCUUCCUCGUGGAGCUCAGGGCCGACCUGAUGGAGGGGCUGGCGAGCAAGGCGGUGGAUGGGCCCCACGUCAAGGAAAUGAAUGGAGUUCUCAAGAACAUGCUCUCGGAGUGGUUCUGCACAGGAUUCCUCAACCUGGAGCGCGUCACGUGGCAGUCACCUUGUGAAGUACUCCAGAAAAUUAGUGAUUCUGAAGCUGUGCACCCUGUCAGGAACUGGGUUGAUAUGAAGCGUCGAGUUGGGGCCUACAGAAGGUGCUACUUCUUCUCUCACUGUGCCAUCCCAGGAGAGCCACUGAUUGUCCUGCACGUGGCACUAACCAGUGACAUCUCCAGCAGCAUCCAGGCCAUAGUGAAAGAAGUGCCACCUUUAGAGACAGAAGAUACAGACAAAAUCACAACAGCAAUUUUCUACUCCAUCAGUUUGACUCAGCAGGGCCUGCAGGGGGUGGAACUUGGGACUCACCUCAUCAAAAGAGUUGUCAAAGAGCUGCAGAAAGAACUUCCUCAGAUAGAAGCUUUUUCCACACUUUCACCUAUCCCAGGAUUCACAAAAUGGCUGGUUGGUCUCCUCUCUUCCCAGACAAAAGAAAAGGGAAGGAAUGAACUUUUUACAGAAUCUGAAUGGGAGGAAAUCUCUGAGAUCACAGGAGACCCCACCAGCGACACACUAAAGAAACUCUUGAACACCAACGAGUGGGUGAGGUCAGAAAAGCUGACUGAGGUGCUGCAUUCCCCCCUGAUGAGACUCUGUGCCUGGUACCUGUAUGGGGAGAAGCACCGAGGCUACGCCCUCAACCCCGUGGCCAAUUUCCACCUGCAGAACGGCUCGGUGCUCUGGAGGAUCAACUGGAUGGGGGACACGAGCCCCCGGGGCAUCGGGGCCUCCUGUGGCAUGAUGGUCAACUACAGGUAUUUCCUGGAGGAGACAGCCUCCAACAGUGCCCUGUACCUGGGCUCCAAGCAGGUCAGAGCCUCCGAGCAGGUGCUGGCCUUGGUGGCCCAGUUCCAGCAGAACAGCAAGCUGUAGCUGGGCAUCAGCAACACUCAGAGUGAGUGUUCCUCACUGCUGAGGGCUGUACUCACCUGCAGUGUCUUUAGUCACAAUGUACCUUGUAGGGCAAAUGUGCUCGGGGUUACCUGGGUUAUCGGGGUCUUGCUCACUCCACCUGGUUGAAUCACCUGUGGUGUGUGCAGAGGGGUUGGAGUUGUGUGUUAAUGGAGAGUAAAAUCCUCUUCAUCAGGUACAGCCCAGGGGUAGCUUGAAUGGAAAAUACCCGAGCCAACGUUACUCUGUUGGUAAUAAAUUAUUUAAGCUGUUUUUGAAAGGAGCUGCACUUCUCUGUCAAAAUGCUGCUAUAGAUUGUUGAGAACCAAAGUACCUGGAAUAAAGGUAAAUUUUGGGUCAAAUAUAUUAUCAAAACAGCAAUCUACAGUUUUGUUUUUUUUUUUUCCUACAAUAUCUGUCUUUUGCACCUUCAGAAAAAUCUCAUGUAAAACUUCCUGGUAUUUUCCUGUUUAAAUCUAAAACUCACUGAACUCUUGCUUUGCUGGAGCGUGGAAAAGCCUUGCACUAAUGUUCAAAAAUCAAGAUCUCAGUACAGCAGGUAUGUUAUGUUAGAUUUGCAUGUUUUGGCUGCUAAAAUUUAAUGAGCAAUAAGGAAGUGUUCAGACAGGAGAGACGAAGCCAGAGUUGGGAAUCAGGUGAGGAAUUUCUAAAUAUGUAUGUUAUAUGUUGGCUCUGGUAAUGUUUUAAGUUGAUAAAGAGCUUUUUUAAUAAAGAGGUAGGUGUGAUUUAUAAACCAAUAAAACAAACUUUCUCAAUAAAUCA